UUGAGUGUUUGUUUAUGUUUAUAUCCUGUUUGUUCCACAUCGCAUCGAUUUUGAAAGAUUUACUCUAACGAUUAUUUAAAAAUUUUACCUCUUCCAGAAACCAAAAUGAAUUGAAACUAUCAAGGAAUCAGAAUGAAACUCGAUAAAAUCUGUCGCAUGUGCUCGUCGGAAAAGAUUCGCGUCCGGCCGAUUUUCAAGGCGUACAAACGAGAGCGGUUGCUCGCCAUCAUAGAGGAAGUCGUUCGGAUUGAGGUGGCCGAAGGCGAUGGCCUGCCGUGGAACAUUUGCAAACCAUGUGCCACCACCCUGAUUCGGAUUCAGGGUAAUUUGGACGAGUUCCGGGAAAACGAUCGCCAUUUGAGGAGUAAACUACUGGGAACGGCUGAUCCGAUUGCUAUUGGAAGCUCGAAGGAGGUUCUGAUUGAAGACGUGUCGCCAUCUACAGUUAUUCAUGAUGAAUAUCAAGAAUUGAAAGUAGAACUCACUCAGAAUGGCUCGGAUCACUGUAAAAAUGAAUCAGUAUCUAUUCUACAGGACACGAUUACGUUUAGAGAGCCUGAUCGCAGCAUUGGGACAAAAAAAGAGCCGAUCGUUGAUGAGAAUCGCUCAGAAGCAAUUAAAAUCGAGCUGAUCCACAUUGAGCUGGUAUCGACGGCCGAUGAUGAGGCGCAAAAAGAAAAACCAGAUCAUCACGAUAGUGAUGAUUUGGUUGAUAGCUACCAUUCUGAAACAAUAUCUGCUUCUCAGGAAGAUGACGAUUCCGGUUCAGACUAUGAUCCCAGCGAAAUCAAACCAAAGCCUACAUUGAAAGCCAUUCGUCCCAGUCGAAAACAGCUAGCGGCUCGAGCUAAAGCUUCAACUUCUGGAAAGAAGAAACCUUCCCGUAUGCCUAACUUUGAAGACGAUGAGCCCGAUCGCCCUAAAUUGAAUGAUCACAAAUGUUACAUAUGCCGCAGCCAGUCCCUAGGAUCGGCAAAAGCUUUACUGGAACACUUGACGACACAUGUCGAUCGUACCCCGUACACGUGCGUGGAAUGCACGAUGGAAACCGUGGUUGUGAAAAGUGUUCGCUCUCUAAACUACCAUUUAAAAAUGCAUGCUCAACCAAUGAAGUGCCAGUACUGUGAUCGACGAUACUGCGAUGAUCGCGCCAGAGAUUAUCAUGUGAAGUCUUUUCAUUUGGGUGAGAGCGCCCCUUGUCCAUCCAAAUGCAAUGAAUGCGGAAAAGUUUGCAAAUCAAUAUCGGCCCUCAAGAGCCAUAUGCGUGAUCAUCGAUUGAACUUGCCUUGUGAGCAUUGCGAUAAAAUAUUUCAUCGUAGGAGUAAACUGAAGGAUCAUAUAGCGAGGGUUCAUCAGAAAGCUCAGCGCUUUGAGUGCAAUCUAUGUAACCGAGUCGUGCAUUCGCUAGACAGCUACAACUCUCAUCUGAAAAUGCAUAUGAGCGAGAAAACCUACGAAUGUGAUCUCUGUCCAAUGAAGUUUUAUACGGCCGGUAAUCUAGGACUUCACAAAAAAAUUCACUUCACCAAUGCAAACUACAAGCCACAUAAAGACUGGAGUGGACACUACACCGUCAAUCAAGGACCGGGUCAAGACAAAGUUUACACGUGCAAACUGUGUGGGAAGUCGUACACUAAAACGGUGAUGAAGAUCAAUAAUCACCUGAAGAACCACUUCAAAGAUAUCAAGUGUGAUCGCUGUGAGCUAAAGUUUGUCAACGAAUCCCAGCUGAAGGCCCACUAUGUGGUCCAUACCGGAGUUCGACAGCACAAGUGCGAUUUCUGUGGGAAGGAUUUCCUGCACAAGAACAACCUUACCCAACAUUUGAAGCUGCAUCGGAACGAGCAGAACUACGCGUGCGAGUUCUGUGGCAAGCUGUUCACCUAUAAGGAGGGCAUGAAGGCUCACAUUCGCAAUCACCAUUUGCGCGAGAGCCCGUACGAGUGCACGCGGUGCCGGAAAAAGUUUGUAGACAACGCAUCACUAGAGAGACAUAUCACAGCACAACAUGAACCUCCGGCGCCCCAGGUGGAUCUCGGACCGCCACCGCUCAUGGGGACCGUGUCGGUGCCGCAGGUUCUGAAUAUCGAACCCAGUGCAAUAAACUAAAAUCCUUUAUGUUAGAA